AUGUGGUCUAUCGUUCAAUACAAACAGAUUGGAAGGGAUGUCGAGCGCGAACGAAGCACCUUCCGAGGCUCACAACAAUCUGAAACAACACUUCAAGACUCUGACCCAGAACAACAUGCGUCCAAGCAAUCCGACAACAAGUCCGAGGAAAAGGAAACAGAAGAUGGCAAGAUCGUUGUGAAUCUCGACGGCGACGACGACCCCAUCAAUCCUCAGAACUGGCCGCUCCUCAAACGCGCACGAACCAUGGCAAUCCUAACUAUGCUUGUGUUCACUCAAGCGUGGGCAGGCGCGUGCGACUCCCUCGACAACUCCAAAGCCAGCAAGCGAUACCACGUCAGUCCUGUUGCAGAAGACGCCUCCACGGCAAUGUACCUGUUCGGUAUUGGAUCUGGAUGUCUCUUCGUCGGUCCGCUUUCGCAGACGCUCGGACGUAAUCCAGUGUAUCUGGGUUUUACGCUCACGUAUCUGUUCUUUAUUCUAGGUACUGCACUCAGCAAGGACUACGCAAGUCAGAUCGUGUGCAGGUACCUGGCCGGUCUGGCGAGCAGCGCUACGCUAGGUAUCAAUGGGGCGAGUAUAGGCGACAUGUUCCGUCCUGUUGAGCGAGCGCUGUGGUUUCCUGUCAUAGCCUGGGUCAACGUCGUCCCCCCAGUCCUUGCGCCCAUCGUAGGCGGCUGGGUCGCCGUGCAUGACGACCUGAACUGGCAAUGGGUCGACUGGAUCACGCUCUUCAUCUCCGCCUUCGCCUUCCUGAUCGCCUUCCUCUUCCUCCCCGAGACCUACCUCCCCAUGCUGCUUGAUUACAAAGCGAAGCAUCUCCGUCGCGUCUCCGGCUCUGACAGAUACGUCACCGAACAUGAGCAAGGCUCCGGUUUCUUCGCACAGAUCAAGAAGGUCUUGCCUCUGUCAGUCAAGUUUGCGACUACAGAACCUGCUGUUCUAUCCCUAGGUGGCUUUCUAGUCCUCCUGUAUAUCAUUCUGUUCACGUUCCUUUCGGGCUUUGACUACACCUUUAAGAGACGCUACGACCUCAAUGAUUUUCAGGAGGGCGCAUGCUUCGCUCCAAUCGCACUCGGCGCAACAGCAUUCUCGCUCACAGGUCCAGCUCUAUACGUAUGGACGCGCCGCAGCGUCGGGUACUCCGACCGCGCCACGGUAACCCCCGAAUUUCGCCUCUGGCCCGCGAUGCUCACUUCUCCCCUCCUCCCCAUCUCGCUCUUCUGGCUAGGCUGGACAAACUACUCUUGGAUAUCAAUCUACUCCGGCCUCAGCGCAUGUUUCUGCUUCGGCAUAGUGCUGAACGCAAUGUAUGUCAGCAGCUACGAGUAUAUUAUCGAUAGCUAUAGGGAGAAUGCGUCGAUUGCGCUGGCGAGUGUAACGAUGAUGCGGUAUCUGAUUGCAGGUGGGAUGGUUAUGGCGGCACGGCCGAUGUAUGAAAGUAUUGGGGUGCAUUGGACGAUGACGCUGUUGGGGUGUGCGGCGGUGGUGUUGACGCCGGCGCCGUAUGUGUUGUACAGGUUUGGGAAGAAGUUGAGGGAGAAGAGUCCGUUUGUAAUUGAGGAUGUCAGUUGGGGGUCGGAAGACUCCUGA